UUGAGCUUAGCAGCUGCGAAUUGCGGAAUUGAACCGAGAGGAAGGAGGGCGAUGGCGGCGGCGGCGGCGGCGUCGUUUAGGUGGUUGCUCCAACUCCACAAGGACGUUCCCAAGGCGGCGAAGUUCUACUCACAAGGGCUCGAUUUCUCCGUCAACAUCUGCACGUUUCGGUGGGCCGAGCUUCAGUCUGGUCCUCUCAAGCUUGCUCUAAUGCAAUCCCCCUGUGAUAAUGUGAUCCAGAAUGGUUACUCUUCAGUUUUAUCAUUCACAGUGAGUGACAUUAACAGUACAGUAUCAAAACUAAUGGCAUUAGGAGCUGAACUAGAUGGUCCCAUCAAAUAUGAAAUCCAUGGCAAGGUUGCCGCCAUGCGUUGCAUUGAUGGUCACAUGGUUGGCCUCUAUGAACCAGCAUAAAAUGUUCUAGAGAUGCCCCUUCACCAGAGUCGACCAAUUUGUCGUUUGAAAACAUCGAGAAGACAUGAGAAAACUUUCCCUUCUUUGGAUUUCCUUCAAUUAUUGUAAGUGUUUUUUCAUCCAAAUAAAUUACAGCCGUGCAGAGUGUAGAAAGAGUUGGACCUGCAGUAAUACCAAUAAGAGUAAGUUGGUUUACAAAUUACCAUUGAAUAGAAGCUGCUCUACAUUCCCAUCCUUAAAUUUUUACCUGUCAUGUAGAUGGGGUACUUUGUAUAUUCUGUAUCGCCUAGUAGAGACAGGAAAUCGGUUUUUGAUUCUUGUGGUAGAACAGCUGCUCUUUUUUGUCUGCUUAUUGAGUUCUCGUCAUGUACCUUUAUUGCAAAACAUUUAUUUCAGUUCAAUGCAUCUGGAUUUAUCA